CGUGGGGCCACCGCACCUCAGUCCACCUCGCGCGCCCUAGCUGCAAGCAUGACGGACGCGUUGCCGCCUGCGGCUCGCCAGCCGCUAGAGAAGGAAGGCGAAGACUACUUUCGGAAGGGAUGUAAUCCCCUUGCACAGACGGGCCGCAGCAAACUGCAGAAUCAAAGGGCUGCGUUGAAUCAGCAGAUCCUGAAAGCUGUGCGGAUGAGGACAGGAGCAGAAAACCUUCUGAAAGUAGCCACAAACCAGAAGGUGCGAGAGCAGGUGCGCCUGGAGUUGAGUUUCGUCAACUCUGACCUGCAGAUGCUGAAGGAGGAGCUGGAGGGGCUCAACAUCUCAGUGGGAGUGUACCAGAACACGGAGGAGGCAUUUACAAUUCCCUUGAUUCCUCUUGGCCUGAAGGAGACCAAAGAUGUUGACUUCUCAGUCGUCCUCAAGGAUUUUAUCCUGGAACAUUACAGUGAAGAUGGUUAUUUGUAUGAAGAUGAAAUUGCAGAUCUGAUGGAUCUGAGACAGGCUUGUCGGACACCCAGCCGGGAUGAGGCGGGGGUCGAGCUGCUGAUGGGCUACUUCAUCCAGCUGGGCUUUGUAGAGAGCCGUUUCUUCCCGCCCAGCUGCCACAUGGGGCUGUUGUUUACCUGGUAUGACUCCCUCACUGGGGUUCCGGUCAGCCAACAGAACCUGCUGCUAGAGAAGGCCAGCAUCCUGUUCAACAUCGGAGCCCUCUAUACCCAGAUCGGGACCCGGUGCAAUCGGCAGACUCAAGCUGGGCUGGAGAAUGCCGUGGACGCCUUCCGGAGAGCUGCAGGGGUUUUAAACUACCUGAAAGAGACAUUCACUCAUACUCCGAGUUACGACAUGAGUCCCGCCAUGCUCAGCGUGCUGGUCAGAAUGAUGCUUGCUCAGGCCCAAGAAAGUAUAUUUGAGAAAAUAAUCCUCCCCGGGAUCCGGAAUGAGUUCUUCGUGCUGGUGAAGGUGGCGCAGGAGGCUGCCAAGGUGGGAGAGGUCUACCGACAGCUGCACAUGGCCACGAGCCAGGAACCCGUUAAAGAGAACAUCCCCUACUCCUGGGCCAGCCUGGCUUGCGUGAAGGCCCACCACUACACAGCUCUGGCCCAUUACUUCACCGCCACCCUUCUCAUCGACCACCAGUUGAAGCGAGGUGCAGAUGAGGACCACCAGGAGCAGUGCCUAUCCCAGCUCUACGACCACAUGCCAGAGGGGCUAACGCCCCUGGCCACUCUGAAGAACGAUCAGCAGCGCCAGCAGCUAGGAAAGUGCCACCUGCACAGAGCGAUCACCUACCACGAGGAAUCGCUGAGGGAGGCCAGCCUGUGCAAGAAGCUGCGCGGCAUCCAGGUGCUGCAGGAGGUGCUGUCGGCCGCGCACCAGCGCACGCGACUCAAGUACACUGAGCACCAGGAGGACGAUGACCUUCUGAACCUGACUGAUGCGCCCAAUAUUGUCUCAAAAACUGAACAAGAGGCUGAAAUGAUACUGCCCCAGUUCUCCAAAGUGACAGUAACGGACUUCUUCCAGAAGCUGGGCCCCCUGUCGGUGUUUUCGGCUAACAAGAGGUGGACGCCUCCCCGAAGUGUCCACUUCACCGCGGAGGAAGGGGACCUGGGGUUCACCUUGCGGGGCAAUGCCCCUGUUCAGGUCCACUUUCUGGAUCCUUCCUGUUCUGCUUCGCUGGCAGGAGCCAAAGAAGGAGAUUAUAUUGUUUCCAUUCGAGCCGUGGAUUGUAAGUGGCUGACAGUGAGCGAGGUUAUGAAGUUGCUCAAGAGCUUCGGUGGGGAGGAGAUUGAGAUGAAGGUCGUGAGCCUCUUGGAUUCCACGUCCUCAAUGCAUAACAAGUGUGCCACGUACUCUGUGGGAAUGCAGAAGACGUACUCCAUGAUCUGCUUAGCCAUAGAUGACGAUGAUAAGACUGAUAAAACCAAGAAAAUCUCGAAAAAGCUUUCGUUUUUGAGUUGGGGCACCAAUAAGAACCGCCGGAAGUCCGCCAGCACCAUGUGCCUCCCGGCAGUGGGGGUGACAAGGCCUCACGUCAAGAAGAAGCUCCCCACUCCUUUCAGCCUGCUCGGCUCCGACAGCUCUCUGUACUGAGCGGGGAGCAGAGAUGGCCGCUUCAGGGUUCACCAGGCCUUAACGUUUGUGCCAUAAUGAGGAGCCUCUAGAUAUUUUCAAAUCCCAUUUUCUCACACGUAUGUGAUGUGCUUUUAUGAAAGUAACAAGAAACUUCUUGAAGUUGGGGGAAAACACACUUAUUUGAGGAGUGUCUUGAUUUUGCUGCAAGUUAUUUAUUCUAUAAAGUAUUGUACGUAGUAUUGAAAGAUGUCUGUUUUUAAUGGUUAGUGACCACUUUUAAGUACUCCGAGUUCAACUGUGGUUACCUAUGUUAGCACUGUUUGUUACCUGUUUAGGUUUGGGUAAUAACCUCUCCUUAACCUAGAAUUGGGAUGACCCUUGAGUUAGGGCAGACCAGAGGACCAUAAUGAUAGAAUGAGAUCUGUGUUCCUAAAAACUGUUCCUCAUGGAAUUCACAAACUUAAAAUAGGAUUUUGGCCAUUCUUUCUGCGUAAUAGGAAUGCUAUUUCCAAGUAAAGUCUAGUGCCAAAUUUGUCUUGAUUUUGUUUUUGUUGUUCUUUUUUUAAGUUUUGGCAGUGCUAAAAAAAAGGUACUACCAAAACAUGAAAAUGCAAAGGAGCAGCUUUUCCUCCAGUUGGAUGCCAUGUACAAGUUGCUAACACAGCGGCAGUGUUAGUUGGAGAUGCUGUCUACAGGGUAGAUAAUAUACUGUUUGAUACUCAAAACAUUUUCAUUUUGUUUAAAGUAGAAAGCACAUAACUAUUUUAAGAGUCUUGGGUAAAAAGGUAGCUUUACAUUUUGUACGGUGAAGAUGUAAAUGAUUCAAGUUUAAAGCUCUAUUUGAUUUCUCAAAAUGAACAUUCUUUCUUACCAGUUUGAUUUCUUUGGCUGUAAGUUGGAUGACACCAUGGCUCUGAUAAGAUUCGUGGUUGACAUAGAAAAAGUGACAUAGCUUUAAAAUAUAGCAUUGAAAUCUAAUUUUGAGAAAUUAACAAUAAUUUUAUAUUGUGUAAUGACACAGGAAGCAACCAGUUUUGGGAAACUAUCUACCGCUUACAGGGCCUCGUUUGUAUAAAUAUUUAAAUAAACACACUUGUCUGACUUUUUUUUUU